AUGGGGGGCCUGAAGACCUUGGGCCUCCUGCCCAGCAACAGCCUGGACCUCCCCUCCCUCAGCAAGCCCAUUGACAGGCAGCGUUUAUCGGGCUUCCUCUACAACAUCUCCCUCUACCUCCAGGAGAUGGGUGCAGAGCUGGAGGAGCGUCAGCCUGCCUCUGACGAGGAGCAGCUGUGGGAGAAAGUGCUGCAGUCCUUCCUCCAGUCAGAGGGCGGUGGUGCUCUGGGCCAGUGGGAUGGGAGGGUGCCCCCCAGGCCUAGCAUGAGGCUCCAGGACUGGUUCCUGUCCCUGAGAGGCAGCCCCCACUGGGACGUCCUGCUUGGGCUUCUCCAGAGCCUGCUGGCCCUAUCUGAACGGCAGCCACAGCGCCCCGUCAUGGCCUUUCUGUCCCAGAACUGGCGGACGGUGAGCGCUGUGAUGGAGGCGGCCCUACAGGCGCUUGUGGGCGGGACGUACGGCCAGGCCAGUGCAGGCCUCCAGGGGUUCAUCUGCGCCCUGAAGGGACGCAGUGACUGUACCUUCAGCGUCAGCUGGCUGCAGCAGCUCCUGCGCUUCAUGGAAACCAGGAACUGGAAGCCUGUGAUUGAUCUCCACCCUGCAGGGAUGAGCGGGGAUUCUGGCCAGGGCUCGUCUGCUUUCGGACGCCUGAAGCCCUUCAUCCUACCCCCAGAGAUGUUGAAGGAGGAGGGGCUUGUUGGAAACACCUCCCUGGGCAGCGCCACUGGGGACUUCGGGGAGGAGCAGAGCUCAAUACAAACAUUACUCUUGCAGAUUUUAUCCCGCUCUGGUGGAGCGGAGAGGGCAGGCCAGCUGGCAGAGAGGAACCCCGCCUUACUGCAGGGAUUGGACGGUCUGAGGCGUGGGCUGCUGCACAGAGUGGGCAGCUCAGUCUACAGCAACCUGCGGAAAAAGGUGUCGCGGGUCACCAUGGUGCUGCUUGAUGAUGUCAGCAGUAUAGUGGAAGUGCCACACCCCAAUCAACAAGGGAGGUGCUCAGUGGGGGAUCUGAGACAGCUUAUCUUAUGGGGAAUCAGGCACAAUGUGACUUGGAACAGCCAGGCUCUGGGUUUCAGCUCCCAGGGACUCCCCAGCAGCCCCCCCUUCUUGUCCUGCCCCCCUGACACCACGGGAGGGGGCCCUAGACCCCCUCUAGCCCGUUCUCGUCCUAGACCAGCCUGGUCUCCUCGCAGGAUCAACAAACUAAAACACCCCCAGACCUCGCCCCAUGCCCCCCGGCGCUCCCGGCUCUUGCAGCCCCAGGCAGAGGCAGCGGAAGGGGACUUCAGCCACCCAAGUGAGGAUUGGUACUCUACGUCAGCGGAGAUCCUGGAGGCAGCGUGCAAUGCUUCCAUCCCAGGGCUCACAGGGGUCUCCAACUUCACAGUGUUCCUCUACUGUAAUCUGUUCGACGGGGAUGAAGGGGCGACAGACCCGGUGAUGGGCCAGGUAGGAUCAGACCUUCACGCCACCUGCUCGGACGCUGCCUGGUAUCUGUCCGCGGCCGAGGAGGACUUCCUGUGGGUCCACAUCUGCAGCGAGUUCUUUGCCCACGAGUUCAACAACACCGUGUGUGCCAACUCCUCUUUCUGGCUGCAAAGAGCCCAUCAGGCUGUGCUGAUGAAGGACUACCACUACUUCAACCAGUCUAGCAUAGAUGACCUGUGUGUGCAGCUGUCUGAGGAGGGGGAAGAAGCUCCUGGUCCCGACGAGGCCUGCCUGGCUCAGCUAGGCAGCAGGUCCCUCAGCGCCCACGACUUCAGGAGAUGCUUCCUGCCCAACAACUCUGCCCUGAUCUUGGCCUUGUGUGGCAGAGAGUCCCGUGAUGCCCCUCCUCCCCUGCCAGAGGGCAGCUGGGCAGCAGAGUACUGUUCCAGAGUCCACAACUCCUCCCACAUGCAAAUCCCAGGAGAGGGCGCUUGUGACUACAGGAAAUGGCCCCUGCAGCAUUUCACUAACGCCACCCUGCUGGAGCUUUGUGGGAGUACCCAGGAGUUCAGAGAGUAUAUCUGCCACAACGUCUCCAUCUACCGGCGCCUGCUCAGACGCCUGCCGCAGCUCCCUCAAGUCUGCGCCGACCUGGAAGAAGAACAGGAGGACAGGAAGUGCUUCCUGCAGCGGUUCUUUGACAUGCUCCCGGCACGGUAUGACUUUGACACGUCCCAACUGUGUGUGAACCCGGGCCCUCUGCUGACGGAGGCCCUGCAUAAGCUGAGCGUGUGCGAGGUGGAAGGGGGGGAGCGUGAGGGGUGGGUGGGGGCUGUGGAGUACGUCCUGAGGCUGCUGGACUUCGUGGUGGGGCUUUCAGCAGGACUGGAGGAGGGGGAGGGGGAGGUGAGGCAGGGGCUAGGCCAGGCCAUCCUUCUCUCCAGUCUCCGCGACAAUGCCUCGUUCUGGGCCACACUGCGCCCAAACGCCUCGCUCAGCAUGCUCCAUACCGUGGGGGUGUUCCUGCGCAAGGAGCAAAACGCUGCCCUCAAAGAAGACCUGCUCAGCUGCUUCAGUCCAGUACUCUGGGACCUCAUUCAGAGAGAAGACAACUCCUCUGCCCUCAGGGUCCUAAUGCAGGAGUACCUACAGAUGCCCGGAGAGAGUAUCCGGACGUUGGUGAUGUCAGCAGAAAAAGAUGCGGUGAAGAGAUUCCUGUCCCACAUGCACCAGAGCUGGGACCAGCUGCGGGUCGAACCUGCUCAGGACUCUAAAAAGGAGCUGCAGGCAAUGGAGACCAUGACGGCUGCCUUCAUUCACAAGUUUCCACGUGUGACCCCUGACCUCUUUGUCGACCUAUCACAGUUCAUCCCCUUCAUGUCGGUCUCUGACAUAAUGAGCUUUCCUGCCUCCCUGAUGGUGAACGACAGCGUGCUGAUGGCCAUACGUGACAACAGCUCCCAGAUGAAGUCUCUCCAGAAACAGGCAUUUGUCAAGAGGCUUCUGCAGUCCAGCAUGGUGGGAGAUGUCCCCUCCUGGCCACCAUACUUUCUCCGCUCCAUCCUCCCACUGCUCCCCCACCUCCCACUCAGUCAUUUCCGACAGCUGACUUCACAGCAGCUUGGUCCCCUGGUGGAGUUGCUAGGCAACAGCAGCCUGGACGGCACCCGGGGUCGCCAUGUUCUCCGGAGUCUGUUCAGCAAUGGGAGGAACCUCACCAGUGAUGACGUUCUGAGGCUGGGGGUCCUGGCGUGUUACUUGAACCCAGAUGACCUGCGUCCGUUCCUCCACAUAGCACCAGCAUCCUGGGCCCUGUGGCACCAGCUGGCUCAGUGUGUGACUGAUGGACUCGUCAGUGCCACAGGCAGGAUGUCCUACUGGCUGGUCCAGGUGAUCCAGCCACUGAAUGCCAGCACCCUGCCUCCUCCAGCCCUAGCCACCCUCAAGGGGCUGCUGCCCCAGCUAGGGGCCUCCUUUCUUCAGUCACUCUCCUCAUUUCAGCUCCUGGAACUGCUCACACAACCAGGCCUGCCCACAUAUCCUCCGGCACAGGCUUUUCAGCUUCUAUCAAAAAUUUCACAAGACACCAAUCUGACCAUGGACACCCUGUGCAGGCUGGAGCCAAUACUCCUGGGCCAAACCCCUUCUGCACUGGGAGGUCUGCGCUGGUCUGAGAUCAGAGCAGCCACACAGUGCCGAUGCUGGAGAGGCUUACUGGCUGAACUGACGCCUGCCCACAGAGCCAUCCUUCACAGAGCACUGCAGGAGGUCCUGGGCACCAGCUUGGGGAAUAAAACCCUGCAGCUGCAGUGUCUCCUGCCGUUCAUCCCCCUGAGGCAGCUGGAGGAGCUAGAUGUGGAGACAGUCCUGGGGGAUAUCAACCUGUACAGAAACCUGCCCUGGUCUCACCAACAGGCUCAGAUGUUAUUCAGGAAAAUUCACCAACUUGACAAUGUUUCAAGAGCAACAGUGGAAAACCUGGGCCAUAUAGCUGGUGGAAUGACCUGCGAUUGGCUGAGGCUUUGGAACAAUGACACCAAUUUUUCUGAGUUGCUUCAAUUUGUCAGUGAGCUACCUGGAGGGCUCAGACCUGCUUUGCGGAAAUGUCUUGUGGAGGAGUUGAGGAAAGGACAAGAAAAAUACCUGGAGGAUCUGCCUCCUUGGGUCACAGCUGGACUACCGGUCAAGAUGGUAGAGAGCCUCUCGAAUGUGUCCCUCAAGGCCAUCCUGGAUCACAUUCAACAGCACUUUGUGACAUUCAUCCAGAUGCCACGUCACAAGCAGACAUCUCUGGCAGAGAAGGCCAUCACUGUGCUGAGCUCAUCCCAUGCCCUAGGUGAAGGGGAGAUAGAUGGAGCCAUGGUGGACCUCCUGGGGCCACUGCUGCCCUUCCUGGACCGGGACACACUGGGCCUGGUGGACCGCGGGGCUCUGGGGCUGAGGCUGGAUGAGCUGAGGGGGUAUUGCUUGCCCAGGGACACACAGAGGGACAUUGCUAACCUGCUGACUGAAAGAGCAUUACUAGGAGACCCAUCUACAUGGACUGCAGAAGAUGUGGAUCAUUUAGGCAGGCUGGUGUUCACUCUCUCCCCCAAGCAGAUGAACUCCAUUCCACUGGCAGUGCUGAGUGUAGACACAGUGGAACAGGUUUUGUCGGGCCAGGGGCACUGGGAGGACAGUGACGUGGGCCAGGCCUGUGUGAGCCGAUAUGUGGACCAGCACGGCCAGAGAGACAGGACCCUGAGCCUCCUGAGAGGGAUUGUUAAAGCCCGGAGCAGGAGGAAAAAAAUUCCAGUCCCAAGCUGUGCUGACAUCAGAGGCACCUUCCCCUCAGCAUGGACAGCCAAUCAGCUGAGCCGGAUGUCGGGGGAGGAGUUGGCAGAGUGCGUGGAAGUCGUAGGUCAGGACGCCUCGCUCAACCAAGAGCAACGCCGGGCACUGUGGAUAAAAAUCAGGCAGGGCUAUGGUCCAGUGCGAGGCCUGAGGCCAGAGCAGGUGCUAGAGCUGGGCUGCCUCGUUACUGAGCUGGGGGAGAGAGAGCUCCAAGAGGUCAACAUCUCAGACCCAGGGCUCCUGGCCCACCUGGGGGCGCUGACGGACUGGAGCACUAAAAAGGUGCGAGCAGCAGUCCUUGGAGUGAUGAGGAGACGGAAGCUGAAGAUGGACCAGCUAGCAGCAGUCGAUAUGGCAGUCCUGGGUCACCUGAUCUGUGGUUUCAACCCCUCAGAAAUCAACAGACUUGACCCCUAUAACCUGAGCCUGGCUGUGUUGUUCCUGAGGGAGCUGGCUUUGCCGUGCUCAGACCAGCAGCUGGAAGCUCUGACUGCUCGUCUGUCCCGCCCUCAGGCCUUUGGUCCUGUCAGUGCCUGGGGCCCAGAAGUCUUCACGGAGAUUGGCACAUUAGCAGCAGGCCUGGAGGACAUGGUUCUGUCUGCCCUGGUGCAGCAGCAGGUGGAGGGACUCACCCCUCAGGCCAUCGCCCUCAUUUCACCAACCAAGAUGUCGGUUGUGUUCAGUGAGGCCCAGCUGGCGUGGCUGAGUGUGGAGCAGGCGUGGGCGGUGACCGAGGAGCAGUGGGCGGAGCUGGACAGCGGGCAGAGACAUGCCCUGGGCUUGGCGCAGUAUGAGGGCGACGUUCUCCUGGAGCACAGAGGGAGGAACUCGGCCCCAAAAGCACAGUCAGCUGACAGUCGCGCUGUGUGCUUAUUGGCUCUAUGCUGUAUGUUAUGGCAACUACUGUAAAACCAAGAUCAAAACAUUUGUAUUUAUUCAUUCCUUGACCCCUUUGUGAAAUUGUAACAUUUGUACUUAAACAAAUAAAGAUUCCCUUUUCAACUGUG